GCAGGUUGUGCGCCAUGACUCUGGAGGCUGACUUCAACACUGUAGCAGAAAAAGUAAAAAAACUAAAGACCAAACCAACUGAUGGUGAACUAAGAGAACUGUAUAGACUGUACAAGCAGUCGACCGUGGGAAAUAUUUAUAUUGAGUGUCCUGGGAUGCUGGAUUUGAAGGACAAAGCAAAAUGGGAAGCAUGGAACCUUAAGAAAAGUAUGUCAAAAGAAGAUGCCAUGAAGGCUUACAUUUCUAAAGCAAAUGAGAUGAUAGAGAAAUAUGGACUGUAGAUUUUCUUUGAACAAUCAGUUCAAAGGCAAGGGCACUACUCAUUUUCAGACUGAUAUGAACAAUCAUUAUUUGC